AUGGCGGCACCGGAAGCGGAAGUCACCCCUCCUCCUCUAGAGAGAGAGAGAGAUAAGAGGGGAACCGGAAGUGCGGCGAGAGGGGCGUGCUGGGCAGCCUGGGGCAAGAUGGCGGCCGCGCGGCUCCUCCUGCUCUGCCCUUCGCGGGCCCACGGAAGCGUUCUCCUGAGGAAAGUGAUCCUGACCAGAUCAGCGGUCGCCUGCCCUGCUUUCGAGGAACGCCGUCUCCUGGCAUCCAACUUCCACACUUCUCCCCGGAGUCAAGAAAGUGCUGCACCGAACCAGAAACAAGAGCGACAGGUGACUUUCCGCCACGGAAAAGGCUUGAAAUGUGUCUCCUCCUUGUUCAGCAGCGUGGAAGAAAACCCUAAAGUGAUCUCGACAAAGAUCAGCGGGCAGAUCCCCAAAUGGCUCAAGGGCAAACUCCUGAGAAACGGACCCGGGAAGUUCGAGUUCGGAAAAGAUAAGUAUAACCACUGGUUUGAUGGCAUGGCUCUGUUGCACCAGUUUGAGAUCGAGGAGGAGGUUGUGAAGUACAGCAGCAAGUUCCUAAGGAGCGAUUCCUACGUGACAAACAGCAAGAAGAACCGGAUUAUGAUCUCCGAGUUUGGGACCAUGGCCAUGCCGGACCCUUGCAAGACCAUCUUUGAGCGCUUCUUGUCGAAGUUCGAAAUGCCAAAGAUAACCGACAACUGCAACGUGAACUAUGUGGUCUACAACGGAGACUAUUUUGUUAGCACAGAGACCAACUUCAUGCACAAGGUGGAUCUGGAAACUCUGGAAACGAAGGAGAAGGUAGACUGGAGUAAAUAUAUUGCCGUGAAUGGAGCGACUGCCCACCCGCAUUAUGACCCAGAUGGGACCGCAUACAACAUGGGCAACUCCUACGGGAACCAAGGCAGCAAAUACAACAUCAUCCGCAUCCCACCGCAAGCGCCCGGUUCUGAUGACUCCAGCUUGCAGGGAGCCAAAGUGGUGUGCUCCAUUCAGCCUGAGGAUCGGAUGAAGCCCUCCUACUACCACAGCUUUGGAAUGAGCCAAAACUACGUCAUCUUCAUUGAACAGCCCCUGAAAAUGACCUUGUGGAAGUUCCUUACAGCCAGGAUUCUCGGGAGAUCCUAUUUGGACGGGAUCAGCUGGGAGCCGGAGCACAACACUCGCUUCCACGUGGUGAACAAGCUCACAGGGCAGGUGUUGCCCAUAAAAUACUGCAGCAAGGCUUUCAUGAAUUUCCAUCAAAUCAACGCCUUUGAAGACCAGGGCUGCAUCGUGCUUGACCUCUGCUGCCAGGAUGAUGGGACGGCCAUGGAUGUUUACCGCUUGCAGAACCUCCACCAGACAGGAGAAGCCCUGGACCAGACCUACAAUUCAAUAGCGACACCCUAUCCACGGCGUUUUGUUCUGCCUCUUAACAUCGAUGACAAGAAACCUGUGGGCGAGAAUCUCUCUCCUCUGAGCUACACAUCGGCCACAGCCGUGAAGGAGGCGGAUGGCAAGAUCUGGUGCACAUAUGAAAGUCUGCACGACGAGGAACUUGAGAAAGUCGGAGGCCUGGAAUUCCCCCAGAUCAACUACACUCACUACAAUGGGAAGAAAUAUCGCUACUUCUACGGCUGUGGCUUUGGGAACGUGGUUGGAGACUCGUUGAUCAAGAUGGACCUAAAAACCAAGGAGAUGAAGAUUUGGCAGCAGGACGAGAUGUUUCCCUCUGAGCCUGUGUUUGUGCCGGAACCGAACUCUGGCGCAGAAGACAGCGGAGUCAUUCUGUCCGUUAUUCUGACACCCGAUCCGAAUCAAGGCAGUUUUCUUCUCGUCCUGGAUGCAAAAAGCUUCACCGAACUGGGACGGGCAGAAGUUCCAGUACAUAUUCCUUACGGAUUUCAUGGCAUCUUUGCCCAGCGUUAACAACUAUCCUGUUCGCUGGUGUCCACUUACCAAAGACAUGGGCAAAAAAAAUCAGUUUCGUGUUGCUGAAAUUUCUCCUUUUGUGAUCUUGGGCAAGCCACUUAAUCUUACCAUAGGGCUAAUGGUGUCCUGAAAGUUAUCUUAAUCUAUAGGAAUAUUGCUAGGCAAAACUAUAUUUGUGUCUAUGACAAGUAUUGCUAACAAAAAGCAGAUAUUGCACUUAGAAUGUGUUUAUAAGAAACACUUACAUGGGCCUUUAUUGGGCAUUUAGUACUAAUUUUUGUAUGAAUGAGCUAUUUUAUCUACCUAGGAAGAUGAAGUUGAAGCACUUUGAGUAUCGCUAUAUUUUUUCAAAAACGAAUCCUUGCAAUACAAGCAGACAUGUUUAAAUUUGCUUGCAUUAGAGAUGGGAGACAUAACUGAACAAAAUUAAAAUAUAUUAUCUUUAUUAGCAGUUUUAUCCUCCGUUGAUACUUUUACCUGCAGGAAUAAAUUGGUGGAAAAGAGACACAUGUUAAGAAAGAGGACAGCACCUGUAUUUGUCUUGGGAUUCUUGUUUAUUAUGUAGGUUGAGCAGAGGUUGAGUCCACAACAUGUACGCUUUUGGGCUGGGAUGCAUCCGACCUCAUUCACUCACUGGUCAUGGUCAUCUAUCAUUUCUAUCAUUUCCAAACUUUUGAGAAACUGAAAUGCAAAGUCCAGAAAUGUGGCUCUCUCUUGGUGUGUUUCUUCCAUCUCUCAGGCUGCUUGCACAUCACACACAAAGCCAAAACAAAUAAAAACAUAUUUAAGGAAAAAA